CUUUGCACGUGCACGACAAAUUUGUAAGAUGGAGCAGCAGUUUCCAAUUAUGGACGGUAAUUAUGACUCUAUUGCGGCAUCUUUUGACGAGAGACGGAACCCUAGUUCACAGACGUGGACUAAUGCCCUGAGGAGUGUUCAAAGCGAGGAUGACGUACUACGUGUUGGCUCGGCAUCUUUUGACGAGAGACGGAACCCUAGUUCACAGACGUGGACUAAUGCCCUGAGGAGUGUUCAAAGCGAGGAUGACGUACUACGUGUUGGCUCGGCAUCUUUUGACGAGAGACGGAACCCUAGUUCACAGACGUGGACUAAUGCCCUGAGGAGUGUUCAAAGCGAGGAUGACGUACUACGUGUUGGCUCGGUAAGUGUCUCGUGUUCAUAUUUAUGGCGGGCGUCGUUAGAGAUCCUGCGUUAGAACGUAUUCGUGAUUAGAGAUGUGGUGUUAGCAAUGGCGGAGAGUGUUCAU